UCAGCUACGCAGGAGAAAGGCGAACAACGGUGUGGUUCGUUGAGAAAUAACCACAUUCGUUGGGCGAAGGAGAAGGAGGAGGAGAUGCAAACUUCAGAAUAAUCGGCAUAUCUCGAUGUCUUCAAUUUAUGUGUUAGAGCCGCCUACGAAGGGAAAGGUUGUAUUGCAGACGACCCAUGGGCCACUCGACAUAGAGCUUUGGCCCAAAGAAGCGCCCAAGGCAGUUAGGAACUUCGUUCAGCUCUGCAUCGAGGGUUACUAUGACAACACCAUCUUCCACCGAAUCAUCAAAUCCUUUCUCAUUCAAGGCGGUGACCCCACGGGAACUGGCUCUGGUGGUGAAAGCAUUUAUGGGGGUGUAUUUGCGGAUGAGUUCCAUUCUCGGUUGAGAUUCAAACACCGGGGAUUAGUUGCAUGUGCAAAUUCUGGGUCACCUCAUUCCAAUGGAAGUCAAUUCUUUAUGACAUUGGACCGCUGUGAUUGGCUUGACAAGAAGCACACAAUUUUUGGGAAGGUAACUGGGGAGUCAAUAUUUAAUCUUCUGAGGUUAGGUGAUAUCGAAACAGAUAAGAAUGAUCGGCCAUUGGAUCCACCUCCAAAGAUAGUCUCUGUUGAGGUAUUAUGGAACCCUUUUGAUGAUAUUGUUCCCAGGCAAUUACCUGGGAAAUCUUUACCAGAUUCCACGACUGACAACGUGAGCAAAGAUCAGAAGAAGAAAGCUGUAAAAAAGCUGAAUUUGCUUUCAUUUGGAGAAGAAGCGGAAGAAGAAGAGAAAGAAUUAGCAGCUGUUAAAGAGAAGAUUAAGAGCAGUCAUGAUGUUUUGAAUGAUCCUCGUCUCCUCAAAGAAGAGAUUCCGAAGAAGGAACCAAGCUCAUCAGAUGCCAAGAAAAAAAGGGAUUUGCAGCUGUCCGUUAGAGAAGCCCUUAUCUCAAAGAAAGAAGAGUCACAUAGAGGGUCUGACCCCAAUGUUUCUGAAUCUCCUGAUCUUAGUGAUGAAGAUGAAGCCAAUUUUGAUGUACGUAUGCGUCUUCAAAUUCUUAAAAAAAGGAAGGAACUAGGAGACCACCCAAUUAAACAGAAAUCACUGAAAGAGAAUUCCAGGCCAAAGGACUAUGUCAGGUCUCCUGUGAGGACCAAAGAUGAAGACAUUGAUGACCAACCAAAGAUGGAGAAGCUUUCUCUGAAGAAAAAGGGAGUAGGUUCUGAAGCCAGGUCUGAACAUAUGGCUGAAGCAGAUGGGAAUUUGCUUCUAAUGGGCCAUGCUGAGCGAGCAAGACAGUUGCAGAAAAUGAAGAAACGCAGACUUCAGGGCCGUGCCGAAGAAGUGUUGUCAAAACUGGAGAACUUCAAGAAGUCUCUGUCUGCAAAGUCUAGUGCACCAGGUGGCAAGUCUGGUGGGGAAAGAGAGGAGGAUCUAUCUGGAUGGAGGGAAAAUCGGUUGACUUUUGCCCCUGGUUCUUCUGGCAAGGAUGGAAUGGCUCGGAAAGAUGACCCAGAUGAGUAUGUGGUGCAUGAUCCUCUUUUGGAGAAGGGGAAAGAGAAGUUCAACAAGAUGCAAGCCAAGCAGAAGCGACGUGAGCGUGAAUGGGCUGGUAAAUCUCUUACCUGAUCUGGACUGACAAAUGAAAACAUGAAGCUCAUGGGGGCACAGAUCCAGCAGCAAGCGCCACUGCCUGCACUAAGAUUUGAUUCUUUCAUAGCAAGUGAUCUGGUAGCAAGAGCAUAUCCAUUUCAACAGGGAAAGUGUGGUGAUUUAGUUUGGUGUUUACAUUUUGAUUUUUGAUCUCCUCAUUCUUACGCUACUGUUUCCUUUUCCCUUGUCUUGUUUUUCUAAAUUAUCAAAUGUUAUUACAAAUUGAAGAAACUCUGUAUAUACGAAUGAUCUUUUAUUUCCUUUAUGUUACUAGUAUAUAAGAAUGAUCAGGUUAGGAUUGACAGGC